UACAACUUUGAAUCCCCUUCAGAAUCUCUUCCGGCAAACUCUUCCUUUUGCUAGGAGCCACCGCCAUUAUGAUCAGUAAUUCAAUCCCCUGCUUUUGUUCUUUCAAUUGCUUGUAAGCCACAACAGUGGCUAGUAAAAUAAAUUGCAGACUUGGAGCAUUAAGGGAUUUCCACAUUUUCGUAAGGUAAGGAAUUCUAGCCAAUUAGAAGAAACAACUUUGCGGAGAUAGCGAGAUCUUCCAUGGCGUCCGUGGAAGAAUUUAUUCUCUGAUUAGGGUUCAAGUUCUCUAGGGUUGCCAACAUAUCCCUCCGGUUCAACGGGGGCAUUCAAAAUCGAACUCCUGUACCAGCGGUUAGCUUCUUCGCUCAUCGGUUGACGACACCGAUGUGGGAUUAAUGACCGGCGGCGAAGAGGGGUAGGGCGCUUGUUUCCAUGGAGAAGAUGAUCUUUGUUUGUUUUAUAUACAUAUCGCAGGUGUAAAUAGUAAAUAAGUAGAAGGAUAAAAAUGUAAUUAAGUUAGAGAGAUAAUUCAAAACUAGGACGGUAUUUAGCAACCCUCCUUUAAAAUGCCGUAUUUCUUCUUCCCCUCUCGUAUAAGAAAUUAAAAAUUAAAAAUAGCUUUUGACUUAAAAUUACUCACGCAUGGAAUGAGUGAGAAAGAGUGGAAGAGUGUCUACAGAAAGAAUUUUACAUUUAAAAUGUCGUAUUUCUUCUUCCCCUAUAAUUCUUAAGAGGCACCUACUAGAGACAAGGUGAAUUGGGGAAGGAGCUUUCGUUUUGAGAGUUAUUGGACUAGAGAGCCUGAAUGCGAGAUGGUGGUGUCAGGAAGCUGGCAGGGGAACCCGAAUGAUACAGUACUGGAAAAGAUUGCAAAGUGCGAAGAUAAUCUAAAAGAGUGGAGUAAGCUAAAGUUUGGCAGCCUUGUAGCUAGAAGGAAAAAGGCAGAGAAAGCUCUGACCAUUUUGGAAAAGCGAAAGAAAAAUGGGGCAGUGAUUGCCCAAAGAAGAGCUAUUGAAAAGGAGCUCAAUGAAAUCAUGGAUUUGGAGGAAGAGGCUUGGAAACAACGAUCUCGCACAGACUGGCUGCAACAAGGGGAUAGGAAUACUCCUUUCUUCCACAGAAAGGCAUCUGAUAGACGAAAUCGCAAUACAAUCAACUUCCUUCUAGAUCAAGAUGGGGUGGAGCGAAAGGGACAGAAGGCAGUUACCUUAUGCAUUAGAGAUUAUUAUCAAAUGCUCUUCAAGGCGGCCCCACCAGCCCUGACUUCUCACGUCCUUGAUGCAAUUUCCUGCAAAAUAACAGAUAGAAUGAAUGAGGAGCUGCUACAGCCUAUCACAAGGGAGGAGAUAUGGAAUGCAUUAAGGCAUAUGGGGCCUACUAAGGCACCAGGGGCAGAUGGCAUGCUGACCAUGUUUUUCCAAAAGUAUUGGCAUGUUAUAGGAGAUGAUGUCACAAAAGAAAUACAGGGAUACAUGGACAGGGGAGAGUUUCCACAGGUUCUGAAUCACACGCUUCUUGCACUUAUCCCUAAGACUAAAAAGCCGAAGACCCCUGCAGAGUUUCGACCCAUUAGCCUGUGUAAAGUACUCUACAAGAUUUUCUCUAAAGUGCUCGCGAACAAGCUUAAAAAAGUGUUGAAAGUGGCAGUAGUGGAAAACCAGAGUGCCUUCGUUCCAGGGAGGUAUAUAACAGAUAAUGUCAUUGUAGCUUUCGAGUGUUUUCAUGCAAUGAAAACCAUAACGAAAGGAAAAAAGGGUUACAUGGCAGCAAAACUGGAUAUAGCAAAGGCCUAUGACAGAGUUAGUUGGAAAUUCCUGGAAGCUAUUAUCAGGAAACUCGGAUUUGCUGAUAGAUGGGUGAGAAUGAUAAUGUACUGUGUCUCAACAGUAUCUUAUGCUGCUUUAGUGAAGGGGCACCAGUCUGACACUUUCUUUCCCACGAGAGGACUCAGGAAAGGGGACCCGAUCUCCCCCUAUUUAUUUCUGUUGGUAGCUGAAGGACUUUCAGCACUCACGGCUAAGGCAGAGGCAGAAGGUUUUAUUCAGGGGCUAAAAGUUAGUCAAAAUGCUCCUAUGAUCUCACAUCUGCUCUUUGCAGAUGAUAGCAUAUCCUUCAUCAAAGCAACCAGACCCCAAUGUUCAAAACUGAAAGAAAUCCUUAGCUGCUACGAAGUGGAAUCAGGUCAAAGUGUCAGUUUGACCAAGUCUGAAAUCUCCUUUUCCUCUAACAUCCCUAAUCAGACCCAAUUGGAGAUGGCUGAUUUACUUGGCAUGAAGCUAGUGGAAUUUCACGAGAAGUACUUGGGCCUGCCCACAGUGGUAGGUAGGAAGAAAAGAUCAAUUUUCAGCUACUUGGUUGAUAGGAUCAGGAAGAAGGUCAAGCUUUGGAAAAGCAAGCUUCUGUCGAGUGCUGCUAAAGAAGUUUUGAUAAAAUGCUAAAGAAGUUUUGAUAAAAUGCUAAAGAAGUUUUGAUAAAAUACAGAGAAUCUUAGCCAAUUUUUGGUGGGGGCAAAGCCAGCAAGAAAGAAGAACACAUUGGAAAAGUUGGAAGGACCUCUGUCGACCUAAAAAGGAAGGAGGUAUGGGGUUUCGUGAAUUAAAAGGCUUCAACCUAGCUCUUCUAGGUAAGCAAGUUUGGAACCUCACUUAGAUGCCUAAUUCCCUAGCAAGCAGGGUCCUCAAAGCGAAAUACUUCCUGAAUAAAGACAUCAUGGAUGGGACACUACCCUAGCUACAUUUGGCGGAGCAUCAUAUCUGCAAGAGAAUUAGUGGCUCAAGGCUUACGUUGGAGGGUGGGUAAUGGUACUCAGAUAAAGAUUUGGGAGGACA